AUGGAUAUCAGAAUGAAGUGCUACCUCUGGAUUUCGAUCUUACUGUGGUGUGUUUGGGGUACUUCCGGUUCCAAUGAUACAGAGUCAUGUCCCGUGAAAUUAAAGCCUUCAGAAGGAACUUCCGGAGUGAAACCAGUUUUAGAUAAACAUGAAACAGCUCUGUUGAUGUUGCUUGGUUUUGGUGGAUUCUCUAUCAUAUUGGCUCUUUUACAUAACGCCGUCCGUAAAUAUGUCUUCCACGACGAACAUAAUCUCGAUACGACGUUUGACGCAGGUGGUAACGUAAGUUUAAGUCUAACGGCUGUUACUGUUGCGUCUCAGCUCUUCUGGCCAGGGGAUAUUUUACACAGCGCUACUCUGACCACAAAGAAUGGAGUUGCUGGGCCAUUUUGGUAUGCUGUUGGUAUCAUGAUCAACAUAUUUAUCUUUCCGAUUUUAUCAGUUCAAUUCAAAACUCGGGCUCCGGGCGCCAAAACCUACUUACAGAUCAUCCAUGCCAGAUUUGGAAAAGCAGCACACAUUUGUUUCUGUUUCUUCGCUCUGCUGUGUAACUUGGUGAUCACUAUUGGAGUAUUGCUUGCAGGCCGAGCUACUAUUCAAUCGCUUACCAGGGACGCAACGGAUGAGUUCUCAGUGCUGAUCAUGGCCACGUUGUUCGGAUCUUACUCUCUUAUUGGUGGACUGGGUACCACAUUCUACGUCUCUUACUUCAACGCUUGCCUGGUCUUCAUCCUGCUUAUAGUCUUCGUGGUGAAGAUCCUCCAUAACACCGACAGCGAGUUCCAUACCAUUGGAAACUCAGAGAAUAUGUACAAAGCCAUUUCCUGUAUUCACGGACCGGAAGAGAACAACGGAAACAGCUUUCUAACUUUCCGAUCAACGGUUGCGUUCUUGUACGGAGUGAUAGAAGUCUUCGUGUCAUCAGCCGUAACCUAUUGCGACCAAGCGUCCUGGCAGAGUCGUAUUGCUGCUAAGCCAAUUCAAGGCGUCUGGGGUUUUAUUUUGGCUGGGUUUAUAUGGUUCUCCAUCCCGUCAACCAUGGCUACUACUACGGGUAUGGCCUACUUAGCUUUGAGCUCCAGUAACGGCAGUCAUCUUUUGCUACCAGGGCAGAUUGACGAAGGUCUAGUAACUCCUCUGAUAGCAGAGAAGAUCUUGGGUUCUGCUGGCGGUAUUCUAGUAUUAACUAUGGGAGCUAUGGCUCUCAUGUCCACAGGAUCUGGCGAGGUUAUGGCUAUCUCUUCUAUCAUCGUCUACGAUAUAUACCAGACUUAUAUCAAACCAUUCAGGAAUCAUCUAGAGAGUGCUCACUGUGUAAUCUGUGGUAAAACUAAGAAAGAAGUGGCUAAGAGAACACGAGGAGAGGUGAUGAGUAUAUGUGACUGUACAGAUGCUACCAAAUGUCCCGGAUGUUUAGACGACGUGCGCAAUCAGUCUAUGAAAGGCUCGUACUCUUCUAAACAAAGUUAUCAAUGUCCAACUCAUGGCAGAUUCCGGGAAUACAAUGAAGUAUUGAUAGAGUUUAAGAACUGGUGUAUUGUAUGGGUAACAAUCGGCAUAAUACCUCUUGGCUUAAUCAUCUUCGAAUCAGGCAUCGAUCUGAACUGGAUCUUCUAUGUCGGAGCAAUCGUUACCAUCCCUUGUUUUCCACCAGUAUUAUUAUCAGUCCUGUGGGUCAAGGCGACUGGAAAGGGUCUUAUAGCUGGUUGUAUCUGUGGGUUAAUUUGCGGUAUUACAGCUACCCUUUCAACAGCAACAAUCUACGAAGGAGGGUUAAACAAGUUCUUAAUCAACACUGUACAAGAUCACGCCAUUUUGGCGGGAACAUGUUGCAGUUUUGGCGUCAGUUUGAUCGUCUGCAUCAUUGGCUCGCUGCUGACUCACAAAAUAAACAACAAAGACGACGAAGAUUUCGAAUGGUUUAAAAUGUACGACAUUGAUAAUCCCCUGAAUCCUUGGGAACUCAACUUCCGGGAAGAUCUGAAAGGUAUGGUGUACGACGUUCGACCAACGUUUGAGCAGAUGAGCAAAGCCUUUAGAACAGCUAAAUUAACAGCAUGGAUUGCAGGUGGUUGCAGUAUAUUGCUGUUUGCUGUUAUAAUUCCCGGCAUUAUGGCGAGCUUCCCUUUGAUGGAUCAAACCCAGUUUUCUAUGUGGCUAACAUUUACGCAGGGGUGGGCUGUUCUGAUGGCUGUUAUUGUAAUUGUUGCUCCCCCCACCGAGGAAAUUAUGAGAAUUGUGAAACAAUGUCGGAAGAAUCGCGGAAUGACCAGUCAGCUGCUGAAGGGUCCGAUUCCUGAGCACAAUGAAAUGACUGUUAAAACCACAGACUAUCUGCUGAGUAACAAUGAAACCCCAACUCAUGUGUGA